AUGUACAAGGCCGUCAUCCUGCCGACACUACUGUAUGGAGCAGAGACCUGGACGGUGUACACGAGGCAGGCACGCCGUCUGAACCACUUCCACCUCGGCUGUCUUCGUCGCAUUCUGCGGCUGAACUGGCAGGAUCGCAUCCCCGACACUGAUGUGCUGGAACGGACGGGAAUCCUCAGCAUCUACUCAAUGUUGAGACAAAUGCAGCUGCGCAGGAGCGGGCACCUGGUGCGCAUGGACGACGAGCGGCUACCCAAACGGCUCUUCUACGGGGACGUCGCGACGGGUUCUCGUCCUCAAGGAGGCCCAAUUCGUCGAUACAAGGAUACCCUGAAGUCCUCCCUGAAAUGUUUGCAUCCAACGCAUCCACCGUGCACACCCCCACCCUCGUUCCAUCCGUCCGCGCCAUCACCACCGCCUCCUCUGUAG